AUGAACCGGCAGUACAACCCUCCUCUCUCACAGCCUACUGUCAGUGCUCCUUUUCCGCAAGAAGAAUCUCUCAUAGAUUUCGGCACCAAUGAUGCUCCUCCGCUGCCAGCAGCAAAUCCCGAGCCUGUCAGCGUCCCGCAGCCCGAACGCACCAAUCUUGCCGCUCCUAUAGAGUCUGCCGAAGAAUUACUCAGUAAACAGCGAAACGUGACAUACCAGAUCAAGCAGAUCAAUUGGUUUGACGCCGCCGUAGGGCCCAAUGGCUCUAUGCGACGCUGUCCCAUCUUGACGCAAAACGCCAACGGUCCUUGUCCCUUGCUGGCUCUUGUCAACGCUCUAACUCUGUCCGCUCCUGAGGGCCCGAAGACAAUCCUGGUGGAUACUCUGAGUUCACGCGAGCAGAUCAGCCUUGGUCUUCUGUUGGAUGCUGUCUUCGAGGAACUCGCUAGGAGGACUGAGAUCUCAAGCAAAGCACUCCCUGAUGUUGGUGAUCUCUACUCUUUUCUUAUCACCUUACACACUGGCAUGAACGUAAACCCUCGAUUCGUUAGCCCUCCAAAUGCCCCACAAGGAAAGCCUGGAGGGUUUGACGAUACAAGAGAAAUGCGCCUCUACAGCGCUUUUGAAAUACCUUUGGUUCACGGCUGGGUUCCAACUUCUUCGUCAUCAGCUUAUGAAGCCUUUGAGCGCUCGGCCAAAACGUUCGAUGAUGCUCAAAAUAUUCAGUUCGCUCAGGCUGAACUUGAGCACAAGCUGGGAACCGAUGGACUAUCGGCGCACGAGCAGCAACUCUUUGAGGAUAUAAUCAACAUUAGAGAGUUCAUGACCAGCUACCCUACUCAGCUGACCGAGCACGGGCUCAAGCUCAUGACUGACUCUUUCAAGCCUGGCCAAAUCGCCAUCUUGUUCAGAAAUGACCACUUCUCGACACUGUACAAGCAGCCGAGAAGUGGUACACUCAUGAACCUCGUGACGGAUGCAGGCUACUCGUCUCAUGACGAAAUCGUCUGGGAAAGCUUGGUUGAUGUUAGUGGUGCAGCUGGCAGCUUCUUCUCAGGCGACUUC